GGUGGAACGCGCGCGUCCCGACGCCCGGCUGGAUACGCUUAACGCACGCGAUAUAUACCUGCGCCCAGAGCGAAGUCGCCGCGAAGUUCGUGAAGUUGUGAGUUUGCACUUUGCACGAGUUUCAGAUUGAUGGUGGAGAAGAUGCGUCUGGUGCUCCUGUUGACGAUUCUCUGCCUGCACGAGGCGUCCUUGAAGGACAUCCGUUCGAGGAACAAAUCGAAGCAGAAACCGGCGAGACCCAGGGACAUGUGCACGCUGGAACCCACCGACUCGAACAACGUCCGGUGCUUCUGCACCAAAGACAAAUACCACCAAGCCCAAUCGGCCGAAUGCUGGAUAUUCGGCCCCGUCACCAAAGACAGCUUCAUCUGGCGAUUGAUAGUCGAAACGCAACCGUACCUCGCGGAAUUCGCGAUGAUAGCGAGCAACCAAGGCGAGCUGCGCGGCCUCCCGCCCGACUUCCUCCACAAGCUGCUCUUCCUGAAGAACUUCACCGUGUCGUACGCGCUGCUGGAGCGGCUCGACCGCUUCGCCUUCGGCAAUUCCACGUCGAUUCAACGGCUGAUUCUCGCUAAGAACCAGAUCGAGCGGCUGGAGGAGCUGUCGAUGGCGAAUCUGCUGUCGCUGAGAGAGCUCGAUUUGAAGGAGAACCGGAUUCGCUCGGUGCCGGCGAGCGUGUUUCGUAACGUGCCCGAACUCAAAUACGUUCGAUUGAAUAAUAAUAAUAUAUCGAGGAUCGAGGAUAAGGCGUUCGCGGCGCUCGGCAACGCGCUGGAAUUGGAUUUAUCCGAGAACUAUGUUUGCGAUAUAAAUAAUCUGACGUUUUUCGGUCUAUCUAAGCUGAAAGUGAUCGACUUGAGUGCGAAUAAAAUCGUGAAUUUGGCGUCGAGCGUGUUCUCCGAAUUGUGGGAUAUCGAGGAAAUGUACUUGGACGACAACUACAUCGAAUUCAUAUCCAACCGAGCUUUCGACGGGCUGCGGUUCCUAAAAACUUUGAGCUUGGGCAACAACCGGCUCGCUCGAUUUCCGCCCGGCUUGUUCGCCAGCGUUUUUACGCUCGUCAAUUUGGAUUUGAGCAACAAUCGCCUGGAAACGCUCGUCUUCGAUUCCAUCGAGCAAUUCUACAACAAUCUCAUGACCAACGGCACCAUCGAACUCAAAGGGAACAAGUUCAGCUGCGACUGCCGGUUGGACUGGGUGUUCGUCCUGCACGACAAGACGGCCCAGGCCCACAUCCGGCGCUCCUUGGAGGAGAUGCAGUGCACGAGGAACGUCGAUAAGGCGGCGGCGACGACGCAAGCGGCCGAACAUUCGGUGUGUUCGUCGUCGAUUUACACGAAUUCCGUGGACGAGACCUACGCCAACGACUAUCCGGACGAUACCGACGACAACAACGGCGACGACGGUUACGUUUAUUUGAUGUCGAUACCGGUGAGAGACCUGCCCUGCCCGCCCGAGUACCGGCCCACUCCCAUCACGGUGAAACAGGGCAGUCCGCCGGGCGUCGAGAUACUAAGCUCUACCGGCUAUAAUGAUAAAAAACCGUUGUUGGGGUUGAUAGUCGCUUUGUUGUUUGUAGUGUAAAAUUUAGUGAGAAUCAACAGAUCGGUCCAAAACAGAUUGAACUGGAUGAAAAUGCCGCCGAGCGUGCGUGUUAAAUUCGUAUCCGCUGGAAAAAUAUUACCUUCAAACGGCUCGAAAAAAAUUGCAAAUCUACUGCUAUAAAGUCGCUACGUGAUUUUUAAUCACGCCAAGCAAACUCAUCGCUCCCGGAAUAAUCUAAACCGGAGUCGCUUAUUCGCAGGAAACGUCAAAACGAUACAUUUCCCUUGCUUUAGGUGAUUGAUGAAAUUUUCAUAGCGGAUUUCCAUCGGAACAAAAAUGGAUCAAUUAAACGUUUGCAAAAACCCGCCAUCGAUCAAAAGGAGACGACGGUUCACAAUAAAUAUUUGCGUGUACGUUUCAAUUGCCAGGUAGCAACAUGAUUUGCUAUACAGGGUGUACCACAUUGAAAUGAGAUACUCUGUAUAACAAAUCAAAUUACUUGCGUUAAAUAAUCCGUCUCGCUAUCCGACCAUCUGAUAGUAAAUAGAGAACCAACCGAACACCUACAAUGGUUGUGAUAUAUCGUGUUUGAAAUUCGAGGAUUCAAUUAUUCUAGAAGCAAACGAUGCUCUUUAGUAUGAUCGCCUCAAAUGGGCUACGGUUUACGUGACGAGCAUGCUAUUUUUGAGCAAAUACAUAUUCCGUGGUAAGCGCAAGACGUAAACUAUAUCGUGAAUUUAUCACCGUCAAUUAUCGAUGAGAGAAACGGCAUUAAUUGAUUUUCGUCCAGUUGUAUCUUUUAUAAAUAAAGUCUGAUACGAAUUUGUACAUAAGGUGUAAUUAAAUUUAUUCGAGAAAAAUAAGAAACAGUGGUAAUUUGAAUGCACGAUUAAUAGUUGUUCAUUAAAGAAACGAUCCAUAUUGCACCCCGUCACUUUGAAUUCAACUUGUGGAAUUUCAUGUAUUUAUAUUAGAUGUGAUGUGAAAAUUUAUCCGGCGACAGAGACGACGCAAUGCGGAUGUGAUCCUUUACUUUAAAAGUGACAAGGAUGUGUUCUAUAUAGUUAGAUAAUUUCAUUUUAUCGAUUCCGGAAAAUAACUUGCGAGAAAAUAACAUUGAGUAUACCUACAACUAUAUUUCAUCAUCGAUUUAGUUGAAGUUUUAUUAAAAAAUGUUGGAUUUUCUUUUGGUAACUUUAAAAUCGUACUGAUAGAUUUAAACGUGUUAAAGUAAAGAUGAAUUAAUAUAUAUUUUGUAUGAUGCACAUAAAUGCAUAGAUUUAAUGCUCAUCUGAUGAAUAAUGAGGAAAAUUAAAAUGCGGUUUAGUUUCGGAUUCUAUUGAAAACAUAUCAAAAAUAUAUGGUGAAACAGUGACUGGAAUUUACUGAGCUUACUAUGUGUUUUUUGCAAUCGAAUGUAUUUUAUGCCGCUUUCAAUUUAAAUUCGUUUCACUUUAUUUGAUUAUUUUCAUUGUAUUCAUUUUGUUAGCUAAUUAAAUGGCAAAUAAAAUAAAAAUAAUUAAUUCGAAGUUGAAUGAAAUGUCAUAUUGAUAAUAUGUUUGUUUAAAAGGAAUUAUAUUGUCUGUAAUUCUGGUAUAUUUACACGUUUAUACGAUUGUAAUAAUUUCAGUCACCUUUGUUGAAAAUAAAUAAUUGUAAAUAAAUUCGAUUGGUAUCUAGUAUUAAGUACAAUUAAUAUAACAAUUUAAAAAUUAUACCUUUGUAUAAAAAAAGCUCAACUAAACUUAUACGAAAAUUAAAAAAAA